AUGGCUGAUAAGGGGGAAAGCUAUGUUCCCACGGAAGUAUGUGAUGUGUUGGAAUCGGUUUCUUUUCUGAGUGUAGAGGAUAAACCUUCACCCUUGGAGUCAACAGUAUUGCCUAAUACAGAGGAACAGCAGGUGUAUGAGCCUUUGAAAGUCUUCUUGAGAGUGAGGCCCUUUCCUAUAGCAGAGCUUGAAAGCCAUGAAUCCCAGGGUUGUGUAACUAUUGAAGAUGCACAGACAGUAAUUCUUAAUGCACCCAAAGAGUCUUCUGCAAUGAAAAACAGUGAAAGAGGGAUUGGUCAUGCUGUGCACAGCUUCAGCUUUUCUCAGGUCUUUGGACCAGAAACUACUCAGAGUGAAUUUUUUGAAGGCUCAAUGAAAGAUAUCAUAAGAGCAUAUGUUAAUGGAGUGAAUGGACUGGUAUUUACUUAUGGAGUUACAAAUGCAGGCAAGACAUUCACUAUCCAAGGGACUUCAAAAGAUCUUGGUAUUUUACCUCGCUCACUUGAUGUGAUUUUUAAACACAUAAGAGGAAGACAUUACCUGAAGAUGAACUUCAAACCAUAUUUGAGCAACGAUGUUAAGAAACUAGAAGAUGAACAAGUUAAACAAGAAGAAGCCUUAAAAACUGCUAUUCUUGCAUCACUGAAAGAGGAGACAGAGAGCAUCUCAAAUGCUAUAGCAAAUUUCUGUGAUGUGAAGUUGGAUUCUUCUAACUGUACUUCAGACAAUCACCCUUCUAACUCUCUAGCAGAGAAGAACUUUGUUCCAUUUGAUGUUCAUAAGACUAAUAUGCACCAAAGAACACAAGCAUCUGUGUGGAUUUCCUUUUGUGAAAUUUAUAAUGAAUAUGUGUACGACCUACUGAGUAUUUUGUCUACAUCAAAACCUCAAAGGCGCAGAGUCUUAAGAAUUUGUGAGGAUCAAGGAGGAAAUUGUUACAUUAAAGAUUUAAAGUGGAUUCAGGUUCAGAGCACUGAAGAAGCCUGCAGACUACUAAAAAUAGGAAACAAGAACCGAAGUUUUGCCUGCACCAGAAUGAAUGAGCAAUCAAGUAGAAGUCACAGUAUAUUUUCCAUCAGGCUACUCAAGCUAACUGAUGAGCAUCAGCCACGUGUUCUUGGAGUAUCAGAGUUGUCGUUCUGUGACUUGGCUGGUUCAGAGAGGUGCAAUAAAACACAUGUCUUUGGAGACAGACUAAAAGAAGCAGGAAAUAUUAAUAAUACUCUUCACAUCCUUGGAAAGUGCAUUGCAGCACUGAAGCAAAAUCAAAACCCAAAGAUGAAGCCAAUCUAUAUUCCAUUCAGAGAGAGUAAGCUGACUCGUCUGUUUCAGCCAUUUUUUUGUGGGAAAGGCAAAGUUUGUAUGAUUGUAAAUAUCAAUCAGCAUACUUCCACAUAUGAUGAAACACUGCAUGUAAUGAAAUUUUCAGCUAUAGCCAGACAGGUGAUCCAGAAAAUCCUGCCCAAAAAUUUUGGUUAUUUUCCACCAAAGCUAGUUGUAGGUGAUGGCAGACCUAUGAUGCACUUUGAUGCUAACACAUCUGUAGAUGACUUUGCUGACAGUGCUGAAACCUCUGCAGAAGAGGAAGUGGACAUCACCAUUCUGAGUCAUGAGGACCUCUUGAAAGCUGCAGAGGACUUAAAGGAGAAGGUAGCUGCAGAAAGGCGAAGCAAGCUCCUUCUGGAGGUGAAGAUACGCAAAGAGAUGGCAGAAGCAAUGUUUCGACAGCUGCUGGAAACUGAGGAAGCCUGGAGCAACCGCUUGGAAGAUAUGAAAGACAGCUAUGAAGAAAAACUCGAGAGCAAAUUUGAAAUGUAUAAAGAGGCCAUUAAGAAACAUGCAUAUAUGUGUGCAAUGGAACAAAUUGAAGAGCAUUAUGUUCCCAUAGAAGAAUUUCUAGCUGAACAAGAGAAAGUUGAGGAUAGAGAGAAGAAAAUACGGCAAUUGGAAAGGCAGCUUGAUGAACAGUCAGGGAGGCUGUUGGCUCUGGGAAGUCUGAGCUUGGAUGUUCCCACUACUGAAAAUAACAUGGAACGAGAUCUUAUGGACAGCACAUUGAAGAGAGCCAAUGAAGGAUUGCAGAAACAAUGUGAAGAGAAGGAAGAGCUUAUAAAAUCUCUGAAGUUUAAAAUACAGAAACUAAAUGAAGCCCUGCUAGAAGCUAAUGAAGGCUACAGAAAAAUGGCAGAAGAAAACAGUCAACUGAAGCACACAAUCAUGCUCAAGGAUCAAGAAAUGAAUAGUCUUCAGAACUGGGCUAAACGUGUUCUUGAGCUUGAAGAAACAGUGUCUUCCCUGCAAAAAGAGCUUGAAGAACAGAAGAAUUUCUUUUCAGAGGAGUUAAAACAGCAGAAAUCCAGGAGAGGUUUGCUGGCUAACCUGAAAUCCACAGUAGCAUCCACUGCUAGUACACCUCUUGGUAAAGGCUGGGGGAAGUAUGAAGAGCCUUCACCCUAUUCAAGAAAACAAGAACUGUUGCCACAUAAAGCAAAAUAAUAAUAUUUGAGAAACCAAAGUGUGCAAUUACUAGGCUUCUUUAUUAGCUACCAAACUGUUGGUAGCCCUUUCUUACUCUUAGAUGCCAUCUUCACUGUCAUCUUCAUGUUGACUGAGAAAAAUGUUUAAUACAGAACUUUUUAAAUUGAAUCAGGCUUGAAUUUAGAUCUAUAAAAGUUUGAGUCUAGACAUGUGCUUUUACUGUUGAUAUAGGGAUGUGAUUUGAGAAAUAUAUGUAUAUUUUAAUUCUGGAGUAACUGCUAUCGUGGUCUCCUGUACUGAUAAAUGUGUGGUUCAUGCAAAGUGGAAUGUCCCUCAUCUGCUGUUUGUUAUGUUUAUAAGUUAUUUUAUAUCAUUGUCAAUUCCUAGAAAUCACAUGGCUUGCAAACUUAAUCCUAAGUAGUUAAAAUAGCAUGGUUCUUCAGUUAAUCUGGUUUUGACCUGGAGACUCCCUUCUUGGGACCAAACUAAGUAAGCUGCUAAAGAAGCUGAUGAAAUGAAAUCUGAUCUGGCUCCUUGCUAUUUUUCAGCUAACUUGGCUUUGUAAAGAAAUUUGUUUUAAUAAAAUUUGAAUUUCCACUAGGAAUAUGUAUUAAAUUUUGAAACAUGUAUUUAAUAAAGUUUUCCAUUGCUAAAUUCAGCUGACUCUUCAUUUUAUCAAUCGGCAAAACCAAGAUAAGAAAAGAUCAUGAAGUUAGAGCCCAAAUAAUGACAGUGAUUGGUAUAGGAUGAUCUUGAUUUGAAAGAAUCAUAUCUUUGAUUAUAUUACUUACAUUUUAUCUAGCAGUUUAAGGAUGGAAGACUGGAGCAUGAUAAAAUUUGAAGCAGUUUUCCUAGAGUCCUUUCCAGUCAGUGAAGGUGAGGGGAUUUUUAACUACUGUGGAAGUACAAUGCCUGUAAUUACUGGAGGCUUGCUGUGGAAUCUCUAAGUAAAUUGGAUUGAUCAGUGCCUGGAAGGGAGUUUCUCACAGUGGAAGGGACAGAGUUCAAAGCAAGAACCUCACCCUCCCAGGGGAGACAGUAGGUGGUGCAGCCUUCCCGUGUGACAGGACAGCCCUGCUCCGCUGUGACUCCUCUUGCCAGGCUGCUGAGAGUUUUGGGUUGGUCUGUGAUCAGUAAUCACUCUGACAUCUGUUUAAUGAGGCUGUAGAGGCUGAACUCCAGCCACUUCUUGUCUCAUGUUUUGAACCGUUUCUGUUAAAUACAGUGUUAUCUGGUUUUAGUAGUUCUGAAGGUCUAUAAUCCCUGCAAGGUAGAAUUUCUAAAAUAUUUGUCUACUCCCACAUAAACUAUUCCAGCUAUUAAAAAAUAUUUUGGUGUAGUUAUAUGAGACACUGAAUGUUGAUCUCUUGAAUAAGAGAGCUGUUACGUACAAAUUGCUUUAGGAAAAGCAAUUAAAACAGAAGUUAAAAAAAUGAUCAGAACAGGCUAAUACUGGAAAAUUUCCAUCAUACCAUUUCAAACUACCUCAUGCUACACCUUGGCAGCCUGUCUAGCAAUUUUAUGUAACACUAACUGUAACCUCCUACUCCCUGAGCAACUGCUCUUUCUAUGUUCCCUCUUACUUCCCAGAGCUCUUUGGUUGGCUACAGGAAAUAGUUUGAAAGACAAAGUUACAUUAUCUUGAGCUUUUUUUUUUUCUCUUUUUUUUUAGUCUUAAAAUAAAAUGAAGCCUCUAUGGCCUGUGCUGAACUGUUAAAGUUUUCCCAAAAGUUGUGAAACUUUUGCACAAUGUAGCUAUUAUGUUCAAGGCUUUUGAGAAGCUGUUUUCAAGAAUAGUUGUGGGUUGGUUCUUCUCUUCAAUGCCUCCAGGAUAAUAAGAAACUACAAGAAGAAUGCAAAAAUGGUGGGUUUGGUCUUUUUCAGUUUCUCAAAGGU